AUCGUUUUUCUAAACGCCAAAAAAAUUUUCAUUAUUCAAAUUAACCAACAGGCCUGAGUCGUGCAUUGCAUCGUACGGUGGUAAGUACAGCUUUCAACCGAACUCUGUGCUUUUAAAAUUCUGCGUUCGUUUUUCUGGGCAAUUUUCGUAUGGGUUUUUUUUUCUACUCUGAAACUCAUAAUUCAUUUGAAAUACUAAUGAAAUCUUAAAAAAAUUUUCAUUCUGUAAUCAGAUUUUUUCCCUCAGCGCAAUCACACCAAUUGCCAAAACAAAGCAAGUGACCGUCAUGAGUUUUUAGUUGGUCAACGUGCAAGCUUGACAUUGAAGAAAUUUUCGAUGCCUCGAUACCAAAUGACUUUCUGUCAGUACAAUUCGAACGGAUAUAAAGUUUCUGAAUGGUGGAUGUUCCUUUUCUUGUUGUACAUCGCCAGUUUGAUGGUGGGAGUCGUGUUUGUUGUGGCUGGCUUUACUUCAUCUGAUUAUGGCAUGGGCGCUGUCGGGUUAGUUUUGUGCAUCGCGGGCGCAUGUUUGGCCGUCUUAUGUGACUUACUUCGAAGAUUUGGUUGCGGUUGGAGGAAAAUAAUGGCCUCGCGAUCGCCGCGUUUUGGAGACAACGGUCAAGAAAAUCCAGACGCUGACAUUGAUUUUCCAUAUCUACCAGGCUACCCGGGAUUUUCUACAGCUGUGGUUGAUAAUCCACCUUCAUAUGCAAUUUGCUCGGGCGAACCGUUUGUAACCAGCCCUGACAUUUCUUGCUCUUGCGGAGAUACUUAUGCGUGUGUCGAUAAUGGAAGAUUAGAAUCUUCCAACAACACUGAUAGGAUUCCAGAGGCGACUUGUACAACAUUACCUCAGGAUCAUGGACCAUCAAACUUUGGACCUGAGGUUGUAGGUACAGAGCAGAGGACUCUAAAACCAUCACCACCUCCAUAUGACUUUGUUGUGGUUACCACUUUCGACACAUCUAGACUGUCUUGGCUAAGGGAUUCACCGCCUCCUUAUGCAGAAUUCGUUUAGUACAUUCAACUAAAGACAAUAGCUAAAUGUCCGGCAGCCGAGCACGCAACAAGGCUGUAUUAUUUAACAUAUUUAAUUUUUUCGACAAAGCCCAACAUUACGCGAUGCUUAUCUAGGAUGAUUUUGGCUAAAUUUUCUUAGUUAGUAAUUUUCUUAACAUGCGGAACAAGCGUGGCAGCAUAAAUUUGUUUUUGCGUUUUUCAAUAGGGCGAAAGGUAAACGCGAGGGGUUCUGCUUUCGCGCGAACUCUCCCUUUCCCUCCUUGCCUCGCCCUCUAUCUGCUCGCCUGAAAAACGCACAUGAAAAAAAGCUUAAACGCAGGUUAGUCAUUUGUAAUCUGUGGAAAUUUUUCUUUUUCUCACUCCUGUAUGUGUUAUUUUCGUUUUCUAAUUUGUUUUUUCCCUCAAGUUGAAGGAACUUCUGGCAUUUUUUCCGAAACGAAUCCUUACAUCAGAUUGGUCACUACGCUCGUGCUGCCCUUGUACUACGGACUUGCAAUAUGACUAGGAGAGUUUUUCCCGAGUCAAUUCGAUUAAGUAAUCGAGUACUGCUUCUCAAUUGUGGGACAAUUUUUUCCUUCUUAUCGUGUAAAGCUUUUGUUCUCUUUUAUUGACCUGCAAUGUCUGACGAUUUGCGAGAUAUGCCAUUAAACAAAGGCGUUAUUGUCAAAAAUUAUGUCUUUUGUUGUGUAUCAAAGAGAUUUGAAUUUUUUAUUUCAAAUUUGUAAAUUUGAAAUUGAUAAUAAUAGUUAAAAAAUCAGCU